AUGGCUCGCUACAAGGAAGGAGACUCCGGUCACACCCGUACACAAAAAGGAGAACCAACCAACCUUCUCAUCUUCCUCUUGUCAGAUGUCAACAAAAUCCCGAAGAGGAUUAUUGCAGAAGAACUCCUGGCCAAGCUUGAGCAGCUCGGCGUCACGGAGGAGCUGCUGGAGCUGUUCUUCAGCUACCUGCAAGGCCGGAGUCUGAGGGUGAUGGUGAGCGGGUGCACCUCGGAGCGGGUGCACCCUUUGGAGGCCUUCGUUCCAAAGUGCUCGAUCUUGGACCCUAUCCUAUGGAACGUGCACUUUAACGACCUUCUUCAGAGCCUCACGCUAGUGUCGGCCUUUGCGGAUGAUGCCACUCUCUCACACAGUUAUAGUAGAGAGGAGGCUGUGAAUGUGAUCGAUACCACCAACCAUCACCUUUGUGACGUUUUGAUCUGGGGCAGACGGUGGCAAGUCAAGUAUCUUCCGAAAAGACCCAGGCCUUGGUCAUCUCCACGUUCACGGGAGGAUGCCAGGCUAAUGGAAGGCCAGCUGAAGUUUGGAGAAGAUAUCCUUGCCAUCAAGGACUCCAUCAACUUUCUAGGCGUGGAAGUUGACUCCAAACUCAGCUUCAACCGCCACCUGGAGAGCGUGGCACGCAAAGCUUCCCUGAGGGUGACACUCCUGCGUCGAGUGAGACACCUACUCGACGCCAAGGGCCUCAUGACGCUGUAA